AUGGAGAAUCACAUUAUACAUUCAAAUUCAGUUAAUAACAAAUAUUCUACAUUAUCGUCUACCACUUUUUCAUCAACCUUGAUCUCACCAACUAUUGAUACUUCAUCAUCUUCUAUUUGUAAUAUUUAUACAACGAUUGCCAAAGGUACUAACAGUUUACUGUCAUUCCCUUCUUCAAUAUUAAUUUCAGAUUCAACAAAUACAAAUGAUUCACCAUCAUCAUCUUCUAUUUCUGUAUUGACAAAUAAUGAUGCAAAUGUUCCACCAUUACAUAUUUCUUCAUCCACUAAUCUCAAUAUAUCGAAUUCAUCAUCAUCAGAAUCGUCAUCUGCAUGCACGAGCGACAAAACACGAUUUCUUUUAAAAAAUGAAAAAAAACAGAUACGACGUUAUCUCAAAUAA